UUUAAAUACAGAUUUGACAGUUCACUUUUUACUCCCAGGCACUAAGAAAAUAUUCUAGCACAACCAGACCUGCAUUACUUUACCUCCAACUUGUAGCAAGUCCUAGUACCCUCAGAUAAAAUGAACAAGCUAACACCUUUAUUAUUGGCAUUUAUAUUUGUACCAUUAGUGCUCUCAGCAACAGUCAAAACUUUUGAUAGAAGUUUUGAAAACACAGAGGAGGCUGCCAUUUCAAAUGAAGAAGACUCAGUACUGAACAAUGAAGAAUUCUUGGAAGCUAAAAGGCCAGAGACGGAUGUCAUGAAUUUUCCUCAGUCAGACACAGUUCCUGGUGUAAUACCACAACCAGAUUCAGAACUGCCAACUUGCCUCUUGUGUGUGUGCUUGACGGGCUCAGUGUAUUGUGAAGAAAUCCUCAUUGAUGUGGUCCCUGCACUGCCAAAAGAGACAGCCUACCUGUAUGCACGCUACAACAAAAUUAAAAGGAUUAACGCAAAAGAUUUUGCAAACUUUCCUACUUUGAAAAGAAUUGACCUGACUGGAAAUUUGAUUGAAGAGAUAGAAGAGGGGGCCUUCUCAAAGCUCCCUCAGCUUGAGGAGCUUUCACUUGCUGAAAACAAAUUGACCAAACUUCCUGGCCUGCCUCCUAAACUGACUGUUUUCAAUGCAAAUUAUAACAUGCUCAAAAGCAGAGGAGUGAAAGCCAACGCUUUCAGGAAACUCACCAACCUGUCCUAUCUCUACUUAUCCAACAAUCAGCUGGAGAGCGUGCCUCUUCACCUGCCCGAGAGCCUGCGCAUUCUACACAUGCAGAACAACAACAUAACCUCAAUCUCAGACGAAACGUUCUGCAAGGGAAACAGCACCAACUAUAUUCGUGAACAAAUGGAGGAGAUCAGACUCGACGGUAAUCCAAUUUUGCUGGCCAAAUACCCAAACAGCUUCAUCUGCCUGAAAACGCUGCCUGUUGGAAGUUACUUCUAAACCAGCCUUGUAAAUAGAAAAGAACCUCAUAAUUUAACCCAAGUUGGCUAUAUGCAAGAUGCAUUGAAGACAGAAAGAACUUUGUCUUUGGUGUUUUAAAACUCUGUUGUUUAAAAUGUCAU